UUGGAGCUGCCGUCUCGCUCGCGGCGCGGAGGGUCUGCGAGCGCGGGGGAAGGCCGGCUGGGGGCGCAGCCCGGCGCCCACUGACCGGGCCCCGUGGGGCCGAGCGGAGGACUGACGGACGGCCGCGCCAUCUGCUCGCCGGGGCUCACUCUCCAAACUCCUGUUGAGUGUUUGCGUGCACGCGAGGGUGGGGGGCGGGGGUCGUACGUCCCGGGGGCGGGACUGGAUUCUGCUGGGGUUACCUUUGGACGGGGUUCCUAGGAUUCAGAGCAGGGUCAGCAUCAGGCUCAGAAACUGCUGGGGAAUUGGGCAAACAAAAGAGACCACUCAGCGAGUGGCCAGAAGUCGCCCGAGCGCCUCGUCGCGCCCCCUCCCUCCUCCGGGGUUGGAGCUGGCCACUUUUGGGGCGGAGAGAGGGCGCCCGAGCCGGCGGGGGCUCCGGCUGCGCAGCCAGGGUCGAAGAGUUGGCGGCCUGUUGUGUAAGCCUCAGUCCUUGUUUUCCCGGCCUGGCUCGUUGUGAAGCCGGACACAUCACCCUUGGACUUGAUUCAGGAGGCUGCUGCUUUUCUCCUUGCCCCUCUUGGAUUUUCCGGAUUUUUGAAAACCCAGUGGCCCAGGAGCAAGAGGAGGAGGAAGGAGGAAGGGGCAGAUCUGCAGAGGAAUGUGAGAGCCUCGCAAAGCCAGAGCGGCCAAAAGGAUCUGGGAGCCAGAGGGACGGCCGAGCCCUGCCCGGGUUUCUGGAAUGAGUGAGUCUCUUCUAUUUUAGAGCGUUGUUCCAGUGGAAAAUGUAGAAUUCUUCCCCUCGAAGAGCAGGUUUCUUCAGGUCACUUGAUUUUUCUUCUGGGAGUAGGAGGAAGGAGAGACUCCCUUCUAACUCCCCGGGGGCCGAUAAGAGAGGAGGAGACUGUGGACAGGAGCCCUCCCUGCUCACAGACCUAUGCCCGGAGACCUGAUAGGGCAGUUUCUGGGCCAUGGACAUUGCUUUGAAGAGCAGGAGGCUGGACAGCAUCUGUGGGUGCUGAGACCCCGCCUUAGGGCCUGAGAGGCAGGCUGAGCUGAGUGAGUGGCAUCAGCCGCGAGUUCGUUCUUGGAUGCCCUUGUGAGCAUCCCGGGUCUGGGCAGGACCCCCUCCUUCCCAUCUUUCUUCACCACCCAGCCCAACCAUGGCACUGAAAGGCCGAGCCCUCUAUGACUUUCGCAGUGAGAACAAGGAGGAAAUCAGCAUCCAGCAGGAUGAGGACCUGGUCAUCUUUAGUGAGACCUCUCUGGAUGGCUGGCUGCAGGGCCAGAACAGCCGUGGCGAGACAGGGCUCUUUCCUGCGUCUUAUGUGGAGAUCGUCCGUUCGGGCAUCAGUACGAACCAUGCUGACUACUCCAGCAGCCCUGCAGGCUCUCCGGGGACCCAGGUGAGCUUGUACAAUAGCCCCACUGUGGCCAGCCCGGCCAGGAGUGGUGGGGGCAGUGGCUUCCUUUCAAACCAGGGUAGCUUCGAGGAGGAUGAUGAUGAUGACUGGGAUGACUGGGACGACGGCUGCACGGUGGUGGAGGAGCCACGGGCUGGUGGGCUGGGCACCAACGGGCACCCUCCCCUCAACCUCUCCUACCCUGGUGCCUACCCCAGCCAGCACAUGGCCUUCCGGCCCAAGCCACCGCUGGAGCGGCAGGACAGCCUGGCAUCUGCCAAGCGAGGCAGUGUGGUGGGCCGUAACCUCAACCGUUUCUCAUGCUUUGUGCGUUCUGGAGUGGAGGCCUUCAUCCUGGGUGAUGUGCCCAUGAUGGCCAAGAUCGCUGAGACAUACUCCAUUGAAAUGGGCCCUCGUGGCCCCCAGUGGAAGGCCAACCCCCACCCAUUUGCCUGCUCUGUGGAGGACCCCACCAAACAGACCAAGUUCAAGGGCAUCAAAAGCUACAUCUCCUACAAGCUCACACCCACCCAUGCUGCCUCACCGGUCUACCGGCGCUACAAACACUUUGACUGGCUCUAUAACCGCCUGCUACACAAGUUCACUGUCAUCUCGGUGCCCCACCUGCCUGAGAAGCAGGCCACAGGCCGCUUCGAGGAGGACUUCAUUGAAAAGCGGAAGCGGAGACUCAUCCUCUGGAUGGACCACAUGACCAGCCACCCUGUGCUCUCCCAGUAUGAAGGCUUCCAGCAUUUCCUCAGCUGCCUGGAUGACAAGCAGUGGAAGAUGGGGAAACGCCGGGCGGAGAAGGAUGAGAUGGUGGGUGCCAGCUUCUUGCUCACCUUCCAGAUCCCCACGGAGCACCAGGACCUGCAGGACGUGGAAGAUCGCGUGGAUGCCUUCAAAGCCUUCAGUAAGAAGAUGGACGACUGCGUCCUGCAGCUCAGCACUGUGGCGUCAGAGCUGGUGCGCAAACAUGUUGGGGGCUUCCGCAAGGAAUUCCAGAAGCUGGGCAAUGCCUUCCAGGCCAUCAGUUAUUCCUUCCAGAUGGACCCCCCCUUUUGCUCUGAGGCCCUCAACAGCGCCAUUUCUCACACGGGCCGUACCUAUGAAGCCAUCGGCGAGAUGUUUGCUGAGCAGCCCAAGAAUGACCUCUUCCAGAUGCUGGACACGCUGUCUCUCUACCAGGGCCUGCUCUCCAACUUCCCUGACAUCAUCCACCUACAGAAAGGCGCCUUCGCCAAGGUGAAGGAGAGCCAACGCAUGAGUGACGAGGGCCGCAUGGCGCAGGACGAGGCAGAUGGCAUUCGCAGGCGCUGCCGCGUGGUGGGUUUCGCCUUGCAGGCCGAGAUGAACCACUUCCACCAGCGCCGCGAGCUCGACUUCAAGCACAUGAUGCAGAGCUACCUGCGCCAGCAGAUCCUCUUCUACCAGCGGGUGGGCCAGCAGCUGGAGAAGACCCUGCGCAUGUAUGACAACCUCUGACCGUGUGUGCCUGAGCCCCUCCUUCCCCUGGGCCUGGUCACUGCAGCAUACCCCACUUUCCUGACCUCCCUGUACCAGUGGUGGCUGGGGGAGGGGUCAGCGGUGGGGAGAUAAGCGGUCUGUCCUGCCUCCUGGGAAAAGGAGCUUUCAAGGAGUCAUGGGUACCCCUGGGAAAUUCCCCACUCCUUAGAAGUGGGGCACAGCAGGGGUGAGAAUGGAGCCAGGAGCCCUCGAGGCCAAGGUCUGAGCUGCCGGUCAGCCAGUUAAGGUCAGGCCAGGGUCUCAGCGUCCCCUAGAGCCUAUUUUGCUUGCUCACCUGGCCACUGCUGCCUUAUCCAUUCAGCAGACAUCUAGCCUGCUGCACUCCUGGGUCGGACACGGGGCACCCAGGGCUGGGACACGCCUGCUCUUCAGGAGUCCUCAGUGAAGAUGGGGGUCAGACACAGAGUCAAUGCAGAAACAGACAGAGUCAAUGCACUAUGACUGAUGGUUCAGUGAGGGGUUUCUGGAAGCUCCUAGAAGGGACCACAGCAUUCCACUGGUCAGGGAAGACUCCAUAGAGUAGGCAACAUUUGGGCAGUGCAUUAAAGAAUGACAAGGACCUGCCAGACAAUACAUGGGGAGAAGGACUUUCAGGGGAGAGGAACAGCAUAGGCAAAGUUACGGAGGCAUGAAAACAUCUCCCUCUUCCCUCCUUAUGUUCCCUAGCAAAUUAGGUGCCCCUUCCGUGGGGAUUCUGGCCUGUGCAGUAGCAGGAAGGGAUCUCCUGUGGUCCCGUGUUGCUGGCUGUCCUUGUGUCACCCUGUCCCCUGUAGGAAGGGGACACAAAUCAUCUCCCUCCUGUAGGCCUCUGACUCCCCUCCACUUUUGCACCCCCAGCUUCCCUCGGGUGGGUGACCAUCGCAGCAUCCCUCCCCCCUCAGGACCAAGGUGCUGAGGUGAGCCCUGGGCCCCAGAUGCCUGGUGACAGCUUCCCAGAGAAGACUCUCGAAAGGACUGUCUGUCUGAGUUCACCAGCAAUAACUCCCCACACUCCAAGCAGGCCCAAACCCAGGAUCCCAGGGUCCUCAGCCUCCAUGGCACUGUCUUCCCAGAUCCUCCCUGUUGCAAAAGGGGAAACCUAAGUGGAUAAAGACAGGGGCCUGCCCGCUCCCGUGCGAGGGAUUCCGGGCCAGUCUGACCUGGAAUGCAGGCCCUUGCUCGGCUUCAGGUUGUGCUGUCUCUGAUCUGUGUUUACAUCCCUGAGGGGUUACUGCCUCCUCCCUGCCCAAGCCAAGGUGUGGUCCAGCAGCUUGUUAGGGGGUGCUGACCUGUGCUAUCACUGGCCUCCCUGCCCUUGGGGGGGGUCAUGGUCUCCUUCUGGAUGCUGCUGCUUGAAUCUUUUUUCUUGAUAAACCUUUUACAAUUAAGAGAACACAAACAUGGUUUUUUCUGUUUGGGUCCCAGAAAGGCAGAAGUGGGAGGAUAGAGCCUUAAUUGCUCCUUGGAGCCAUGGGACCAGAUUCUGAGGUCAUGGUGGGCACUGAUUUACUAUGGAACCUCAGAAGUUGGGGGGAGGGCUGUGCGGGUGGGAGGUGCCAGCAGGCAGGGGGAGCUAGGGGCAGCUGUGGAUGCCCGGGUGGAUGCCUCCCUCCCUAGAACACACUCUUGUCUCUAAAAUGGGUGGAGUGCUGCCGAGGGAACUGGCUGUCCUGCCUUGUGAUCUGAGGCUGAGGGUUGUAUGAAGAAGGGACAGGACGCUGUGCCCCAGGACCAUCUAAUAGAUGGUGGUUCCUCUCCCUAGGGAGCCAUGUCCUGGCCUUGCCCUUGAAAAGCCCUAGUCCAGGGAGGGAAGUGGGGGACUCCGAAGCUGCGUCUCUUCCCCAAGCUGUCCUGGGUACCCAGCCCUGCAGAGGCUCCCACACUGGAAACUGAAGAGGACCCUGGCUGUGCCCUUGGGGGUGUCCUGGUCAGGAUGAGCGGAUCUUGCUCUUGGAUCUGUUCAUCUGCAGGGGAGAGGAGGGGGCUGGCUGAGACAUGGCUCUCCUUUGAAGGCAAUGGGGACUUGGUGAAAGGAGGGCUUCCAGGGAAGGUUGGCCAGGCCAGGGACCUGGGAGCUUGUGUAGGAAGAUGGGGAAGGGCCAGCAGGUGCAGUGGGGGAAGGGGUGGGCAGGACUCCCUGUUCAGGGCAUAGCGUCCUCAGAGGAACUUCUGGAAUGGGUCCCCCUGGCCCUUGGUCAACAUUAGGUCAGAUUUGGGACUUUCUGAGGAAUUUUUCCUCUCUCCACCCUGCCCCAUUUUCCAACCCACCGAGGAACUUCCCGCCCUUAACCUCUUCGCCGCUCUGCCUUCCCUGUAGGCUUCGGCAGAGGGGGCUCUGAGCAGUGGGGGCUGGGCUCCCCUUAACCCACAGUGCCUGGAAAGUCCCUCCGCUCAUGCUUCCUGCUCUGGGAACAGUGUUGCCCUCUGUGUGCCUUCCUUGAGAGGGGGCCACCUCCCAGGCCUCCCAAUCUCAGGGUGAGGCUGUCAGUCUGACACUUUUCUCAGGAGGGAUUUGGAUCUGGGAGAAGCAUCAGGAAGUGGAGUCCUGGGAUAGCAGCAGGCUGCUCCUCGUAUCCUGAGGUCUCAGGGCUGGGGCAGGUGUGUGUGUGGUGGGGAGGGCGGCUGUCCCAGCCCCCCUCUCUCUUUUCUUUCUGCCUCUGUUGGGGUGGGGUAUAGGGAGAACUUGGGGCUGUUCUGGGCUAGCUAAGCCCCUUUCAGCAGGGAAUUGGAGGACCAGUGUUGGGGGCAUCUUGGUGAUGGCAGAUGCCUACCUUGUCACAUGCCAGGCAGAUGGUCCCGACUCAGCUGGACCCAACUGCCUCGUUUCCUCCCUCGCUUUGCUCUGAGGGGGUGGAAAACAAGGCUUCUCUUUCUGCCCUGGGCAGCUACCAGUGCCCAGGCUAGGGGAUCUCCUGGUCACCAGUCUUGGCCCAGCACAGGAAAAGGAGUCCCCUUUGUGGCCACAUGUGGGGGCUGGGGACGGAGGCGGACCUCGGAUCCUGCACCUCGUCACCCGCUGGACACAGGAGGGCUAUAUCCACUGGGCCGUUGCUGCAUCACUGGCUGGAGCAGAGCCAGGCCUGGGAGAGGCAGGUGGCACCGUCGGCCCCUGCUCGGCACCAGCCCUCUAUCCAUGACAGAGCCAUAUGUCUUCCACGCGUCUACACACUCAGACUCAUGGACGUAAUCACUCAGCCUCACAACCCCAAGCAGACACAAGCACAUGCAGCCACACACCUGCCCACAGGCACGCAGGCCACAUAAGCAUGGCUGCGUGCUCAUACAGUCCCACUGCCACACGCACGCUAUUGCACGUUCACAGCCACAUCCACACAUGCCUUGCCAUCCAUUCAAAGCACCAGUCUCAGGUACUAUGUCAUACACAGGCACACCACAGCCCCAUGCACACGGUCAUAGCCUCACACAGUGACACACACUCAGGCGCACACUGCCACAAAGCCAUGCUUGCCAAAGCAGAGGGGUCACAAGCAUCGCUGUGCCUGGACUGCACCUGUGCCACCUCCCAGGGCCCCCAGCUCGUUAGCUUCAGGACAGCUUUGUGUGCCAAGCAACCCCUGGAGCAGGUGGCUCCAAGGGAGAGUAGAGCGAGUCAGAAGUGGGCAGGCACACAGCCGGAGAGGUCUAGGCAUGCAAUUGGGAUGGCUGGAUGCCACCGAGUUCAGCUCCUCAUUGCACAGAUGGGCACCUGAGACCAGGGAGCAGUGGUGGCUGGCCAUAUCACCCAGCAGGGCAGGGGAUACUCUGGGGCCAGAGGCUGGCUCUGGGCAGACUCUGUGGCCUGGCCCUGCCCUCCCCUGGGCCAAUUAUUCGGGAGGCCAGGCUGCCUCUGAAGGCCCCCUGGCUGAACCCAUCAAGCAGAGCUCCAGGCAGCUCCCAUCUCAAGCUAGAGCCGAGCUGCAGCGGCCACAGGAGCCGGAGCCAGGAUGCGGUGGGCAGGGCCUGGGCUGGGGCGGGAGGAACAUUCCUGCAGCAUCUCCUCCCCAAGCAUGUGAGGACCCAGCCCGCCCUGCCCGCCCACCCGCUGACUCAGGCCUCCAGGAGCCAAGCCUGCUCAGCUCCCCAACCCAUCCCAAGGUGCUUCCUCACUAGUUCAGCUCCGGUUCUUCUCCAUUGGCUGGGGCAGGAGGCCACAGUAAGCCCUGGCAAGAAGACCAUGGGGAAAAAUGAAACUUCACCACCCCCAGACAUGGCUCAGAAGGGCUGAUUGUGAAACCCAGCUCUGGAGUUCAGCAUAGUUUAACACAAACUGUUUUUUUCGUUUGGCUGGGUUUGUUAGUCAAACCCCGGUGCAGUGCAGUCUGUUUAAGAAGCAGCGCUCACGUAGCUGUGGCCUGGGUCUGCUCAGCAGCAUUUAUUCCCUUUCACAAGGAGAGACAGAGACUUUGCCAGAGGGAAAUUGGGACCUGCCUAGGAUGACACGGAGAAUCUCUGGCAGGGCCAGGCUUGAACCCAGCUCCUGCCAUCACUCCUUAGAGUCACAUUGAUGAACUCACUUAGGGCCAAAGGAAGAAGGGGAGGCAGAUUUCCCCUCUCAAGGAGGGAAAGAACAGGAGGCUGGUGAGCCCAAUGGCUGAAAUGUGAAUGGUGAGAGGGUAGGCUGAGUCCCCCCAGCCCUGAGGGAUGAAGGGUCUGAAGAUGGCAUUGCGUGGUGACAGCUGCAGUGACUCAGGAGCUCCGUUUACGAAGGAACAUGAGUGAGGAACACAGCUUCAUUUUUUUAUAUCUGACCUGAAUUUCUCUUUUCCUCCCCCAUGCCCCACAUGGUAGACGUGUAAUCUCAAGUCAAUUUGGGGACCUCUCCUUUCCCCAGGGACACAUAGAACUUUUGGGGAUGGCGCAUUUGAAGACCUUAAGGAGCCCCUAGCACUUUGCAUUUGAAAGGUUGAAUCCUACACUCUAUCAUACAUACUACUAUUCACUUGCAUUCCACAUGAAGUGUUCAGUUUA